CAUCCAUCCAUAUCUGUAUGACUGUGUUCUCAGUAUAGUGUGAGUGCUGGAGUCCUCUUCCAGGAGCUCCUACAGCGAAAGUGGCUACCGUGAGCUGCCAUUUUGCAGACCAGCAAACUGAGGUUCCAGGCCGGCUGCUCACCCGCCCGCCCAGGUGAGCGGCGGCGACGGGAGAUGGAGGUCUGCUAUUCUCACCUCCUACCUCGCUGCGGCUCCGACACCAGAAGCCCACACCUGUCUGGGUGCCGCGGAGGGUGGACAGGGGGCGGCGCAGAUAGAAGGGGUGGUCCACCAUAGCGGCGCUUCCGGCACGAACAGGAAGUAAACCCUCUGGAACUACAACUCCCAGAAGCCGCUGCGUCGCGUCCUUGUCGACACCCGGGAGCUGCCGCCAUUGUCCGUGGUCGAGCUGAGGCCGUCGCGAAGUCCGCGGCUCUGGAGAACUCGCGCGGAGAGGCGGCACCAGGGCUGUUGCUGCGCCUGGUGGCCCCGGUUCGCCUCGAUGCCCCGGUCGCCCUCGGCUCCCUUGCUUCCGGCCUGGUCGGGCGGUCCCGGGUUGAUAUUCUAGGUGCCUGAGUGAUCAAACUUCAGGGAUGGCAGCAGUCAACCAGUGGCCUUCCUGGGGUACCCUUUUGGAUCAAUCCUGGGGGAUGGCAGCUGCUGACCGGUGGGCCUCCUGGGCUGUGUGUCCUCAAGAUCCUUCCUGGCACGCAGAGGAGAUCCCUGAGGAUAGGAAGAGGGCAGCUGGGCUCCCAGCAGCCCAGGUCCAGGAACCAGUAACCUUCAAAGAUGUGGCUGUAGACUUCACCCAAGAAGAGUGGAGGCAACUGAACCUUGUUCAGAGGACUCUGUACCGCGAUGUGAUGCUGGAGACCUACGGGCACCUCCUGUCUGUGGGGAAUCAGAUCACCAAGCCUGAGGUCAUCUCCCUAUUGGAACAAGGAGGAGAGCCAUGGUUGGUGGAACAAGCGUGUUCCCAAAGCACGCAUCCAGAAUUGAUGAGAAGUCUUGAAAGCAAAUCACUGAUCCCAACACAGAGUGUUUUUGAAGAGCAACCCUGUGGCAUGAAGUUGGAACGAUACAUAUGGGAUGAGCCUUGGUUUUCCAGGUUAGGAGUUUGGGGAUGUAAAGACCAGCUAGAAAUGAACCAGAGUACAGCGAUGAGGCAGAUGGUCUUCAUGCAAAAACAAGUACUGUCCCAAAGAGGUUCUGAAUUCUGUGGAUUUGGGACAGAGUAUAGCCAGAGUUUAACUUUUGUUCCAUCUCAGAGAGUUUCUCAGUUAGAACACUUCUAUAAGCCUGAAACACAUGCUGAAAGUUGGAAAUACAACUCAGCCAUAAUGUGUGCAGAUAAGGUUAGCUGUGAAAAUACUGAUCAUGACAAAGCCCUCUACCAGUCCAUUCUACCUAUUCACUCUGCAAGAAUGCAGACUGGAGAUAAUCUUUUAAAAUGUGCGGAUGCUGUUAAGUCUUUCAACCACAUAAUACAUUUUGGGGAUGGUAAAGGGAUGCACACAGGAGAAAAACUCUAUGAAUAUAAAGAAUGCCAUCAAGUCUUUAACCGGAGCCCAUCAUUUAAUGAACAUCCAACACUUCAUAGCAGAGAAAACCAGUGUGACUACAAAGAAUAUGAGAAUAUCUUCUACUUCUCAUCCUUUAUGGAGCAUCAAAAAAUUGGUCCUACAGAGAAAGCUUAUAAAUACAACGAGUGGGAGAAAGUCUUUGGGUAUGACUCAUUCCUUACUCAACACACAAGUGCUUAUACUGCAGAGAAACCCUAUGAGUAUAAUGAAUGCGGAACAUCUUUCAUCUGGAGCUCCUAUCUUAUCCAACAUAAAGCUCAUACUGGAGAGAAACCCUAUGAAUGUGAUAAAUGUGGAAAAGCUUUUAGGAAUCGUUCAGCCCUUACUAAACAUGAACGGACUCACACUGGAAUAAAACCUUAUGAAUGUAACAAGUGUGGAAAAGCCUUCAGCUGGAAUUCUCAUCUCAUUGUACACAAGAGAAUUCAUACAGGAGAGAAACCUUAUGUUUGUAACGAAUGUGGGAAAUCUUUCAACUGGAACUCCCACCUCAUUGGACAUCAGAGAACUCAUACUGGAGAAAAGCCUUUUGAAUGUACUGAAUGUGGAAAAUCUUUCAGUUGGAGCUCUCAUCUUAUUGCCCAUAUGAGGAUGCACACUGGAGAAAAGCCCUUUAAAUGUGACGAAUGUGAAAAGGCUUUUAGAGAUUAUUCAGCCCUUAGUAAACAUGAAAGAACACAUUCUGGAGCAAAACCAUAUAAAUGUACUGAGUGCGGAAAGUCCUUUAGCUGGAGCUCCCAUCUUAUUGCCCAUCAGAGAACUCACACAGGAGAGAAACCCUACAACUGUCAGGAAUGUGGCAAAGCUUUCAGAGAGCGUUCAGCCCUUACUAAACAUGAAAUAAUUCAUUCUGGAAUUAAGCCCUAUGAAUGCAAUAAAUGUGGAAAGUCCUGUAGCCAGAUGGCUCACCUUGUUAGGCACCAAAGGACACAUACUGGAGAAAAACCAUAUGAAUGUAAUAAAUGUGGGAAAUCCUUCAGUCAGAGCUGUCACCUUGUGGCUCAUCGGAGAAUUCACACUGGAGAGAAGCCCUAUAAAUGUAAUCAGUGUGACAGGUCCUUUAACUGUAGUUCUCACCUCAUUGCACACCGGAGAACUCAUACUGGAGAGAAACCAUACAGAUGUAAUGAGUGUGGAAAGGCAUUUAAUGAGAGUUCUUCCCUUAUUGUACACCUAAGAAACCACACUGGAGAAAAACCCUACAAAUGCAGUCACUGUGAGAAAGCAUUCUGUAAGAACUCUUCCCUGAUUAUCCAUCAGAGAAUGCACAAUGGAGAGAAACGCUUUAUAUGCAAUGACUGUGGACGGGCUUUCAGUGGUCACUCGGCCCUGCUCCAACACCAGAGGAACCACAGUGAAGAGAAACUAUAAUAGGAUUCAGAGAGUUUUGGUUCAAUAUACAUUUCAUAAAGCAUUGAAAAAUAACCCUAUUAGUAUAAACAAAAUGGAAAGUUUCUUACUGAAAAUUCAGUAAAACUUCUACCUUUAUUAUUUAAUAGAAAAUGCCUUUAGAAGAAACCUUAUGAAGGAAAAGAACAGAAAAGCUUUCCACGGUUAUAUAGCCCUUAUUCAGCACCAGAUAAUUUUAGAGAAGAAAGCUGUAUAUUCCCCACAUGUCCUAAACUUUAGGAACAAGAUUUAGGAAUGAAGUUUUACUUAGCAAGGACUUCCUUCUUUGUAGAUCAGUGUGCAUUGUUAAGUGGAAAUCUUUAUACUGACAAAGUAUUAAUGAUGGGAAAUAGAUUCCAUCUUGCUAGAAGUUUGGAUGGAAAGCUUUAUAAUAACAUUUUGUGCAUAAUCCUAUAAAUACAGAUAGAUUUUUCUACUUAAAGGGGGAAUCUAGGUGCUCUUUAGGAGAUAAAAUAUGGAAUACUAAUCUGAAUUUAAGGAAGAAAAUAGUAUAGUAUUGAAUAGGGUAUUUACUGUUGCUCAAGAUUAACCUCCUUAAAAACAGCUUAGUAAAUGAAGUUACUAAUGGUGGAAAGGUUGUCACCUAGAACUAGGACUGGUGUUAGGACAAAGGUGAUAAUAACCCAUUGUGUCAGUAUCCAUUGCAGUGUCCACUGCAGUUGUUGAGCAGUUAGUUUGUAAUUUGGUUUAGAUGUAAUUUGGUCUAUUAUAAUUAUGAACAUUACAGCAAUAUAUAUAACAUGAAGGGAUAGAAAGGACAUAUAAUUGUCUGUACAUACCUACCAUAACAAGUCUAAAUAAAUAUAUAUGGAGGAAAGACCUGUUAGAUCAUGGAGAAAUUAGCCCAGUUUAUUUUUUGGUUUGUUUCACAAGUACCUAUAGUGCUUACCAUGUGGUAGGCCUCAUUUUAUGUGUUUUCUUUUUAGAUAUGAAUUUGUGAAAUCCCCUUAAUUCUGAUUUAGGUACUGUCCAGUUGUACAAAUAGGGAAACUGAAAUAGAGAUUAUGGGAACCUACCCAAGGGCCAUAGCUAGUAAUGAGUGGAGCUGAAUUUAUCUUUCUAAUCACUGUGUAAUGCUGUCUCUCCAGUGAUGUUUUUCCCUAAUAUUUUUUCUCAG